GGCUGGGAGAGUAACUCGAACGCCCGCCGUGAAUCACGUGGUAUUGUCGCCAGUGUACGUCAUCCUGGGGACGUUCCCUAAGUCCUGCCGUCACCAUGGGCAACGUGGAAGCAAGAGACCGGGUUUACUUUGCCCAGGCCUAAGGAAGACCAGCUUUCAUCAGUCAGGGCAGGGUAUACGUAACCCCAAGUAGGCCAGGAGGAACAUCAUUCAGAAUUUGACCAGAGUAGUUUGUUCUCAAAUACAUUGAGACACAAAUAUGAUCUAAACAUGGUUUUACUUUGAAACUUGCACCCUCAGAUUCCCAGAACUCAGAACCUGUAGAGUACAGUGAGUUAAUAAUGGUUAAUAUAGUUGAUAGAUCCGGUGAUUUAAACUUUGAAUGACUUUGGGAAAUCACCUUUUAAAUCUGACCUGUGUAUUUAAGUUAUAUAUCCCCAAGAUUUAUACUAGAUUAUGCUAGAGUGUAGUUCCGUGGUAGAGCAUUUGCCUCGCAUGUACAAAGGCCUGAGUUCGAACCCCAGCCUCUCCAAAAAUUAAAAAUUAAAAAAAGAAAACAAACAACCCUGCCAAUUUUCAAACCUUGUUUUGGCAGUUCUUCAUUUCUGACUGUACUUGAAGCCCUAGAGGAUGAAAGUGGCCCAGUUUUCUUUCCCUUCGGAAGCCUUGAUUUGGUAGUUAAAGGCAGAAGUAUUGGGAGAGUAGAAGUAACAUUUGGGGUACUGGUGUAGGGUAGUCUUGGGCAUGAACUUCAGCUCUGCCUCUUCCCUCCUGGGUGCCAGGAAGAUGAGCCUUACUCUGAUACAGCUUUCCUCAGAGACACCCAAGAUUCCCAAGAUUUAUACCAAAACAGGAGACAAAGGGUUUUCUAGCACCUUCACAGGAGAAAGGAGGCUCAAAGAUGACCAGGUGUUUGAAGCUUUGGGAACUACAGAUGAAUUAAGUUCCGCUAUUGGGUUUGCUAUGGAAUUGAUCACAGAAAAGGGCCACACGUUUGCUGAGGAGCUUCAGAAAAUCCAGUGCAUGUUGCAGGACGUCGGCUCGGCCCUGGCCACUCCGCGCUCCUCUGCCAGGGAGGCUCACCUAAAACGUACAGCCUUCGAGGUGGGGCCCACCCUGCAGCUGGAGCAGUGGAUCGACAACCACUCCAGGCACCUCCCGCCCCUCACAGCCUUCAUUCUGCCUUCCGGAGGCAAGAGCAGCUGUGCACUACACUUCUGUCGUGCCGUGUGCCGCCGAGCUGAGAGACGUGUGGUGCCUCUGGUCCAGAUGGGAGAGACGGAUGCAAAUGUGGCCAAGUUCUUAAACAGACUCAGUGACUAUCUCUUCACAGUAGCCAGAUACAUGGCUAUGAAGGAAGGAAAUGAAGAAAAAAUAUACAAGAAAAUGACCCAUCAGAUGGAGCCUGAGGCCCCUGGAGAUAAUGGGAGGGUAGCUUCCUAGGCCCCUCUGUGGUGACACAGAAGAGUUUGCCUUCCUCCUGGGGUCCUGGUUCCUGAAGCGCUCACCUGAGGGGCUGGAAGUGGGUCUGAGAUGCAGAUUCAGCUUUGCCUCACACCCCCUGCUACUUCCCUUGAGGGACUGGGGCCCUUGAGACUUUUGUCCCCACCUCCCCAGGCUGGCCUUCAUCUUGGAGGAAAUGGAAAUAAUUUCAGGAUUGCAGAAAAGAAAGGUAAAGUGAUGACUGUGAAGUAAAGGAACCAGAUGGAAAAAAGAAUAAGGGCUUGAGCUGUGUGUGUGUGUGUGUGUGUGUGUGUGUGUGUGUGUGUGUGUGAGAGAGAGAGAGAGAGAGAGAGAGAGAUUGAGAGAGAGAGACAAACUCAUGAGUGAAUCCUCCUGCUGCCGACUAAGGUUGUUCAAGGAUUUGGAAUGGUACCAGCGGCCCUUGGAAAUGUAAUUGUGAUUUACCUGUGCCAAAGGGGCUGUAAACGUCACAUUUAUAAAGGGAAGGGAGGCAGGAUUUGGAAGUUUAGUCACCUCGGAGCUACCCAUCACCGCUGUAGUGUGGGGCAGGGCAGCUGCUGACUGACAGACGAGGCCUCAGAAGCUCGACAGAGUACGGCGGGGCUGCGGCUUGGAGAGUUCUCACUAAUGGGGGACAGGGCCCUGGGUAGAGCAAUGCCAUCGCUUAAGGCUGACCCUUCCCGCCUAGUCUGAGUGAGUGGCAGGUGCAGGGUAGAGCGGGUCCGGCUUAAGGAAAUGGGAUCUUCUGCUUCCAGUAAGGUGACAGCGUGAGACUUCUCUGGUGCUGCACUGGCUGGUUUCUGCCUCCGAGACCUGUGUCGUGGCUGUGUUUUAUUCCACUUGUCACCACUGCUCCCUCCGGCUAUGUAAUGACACUGCCGGUGCCAGCUGUGUCCUUGGCAGAGGGAUAUUUAUGAAGGGCAGAGAGGUAGCCCUGAGGAUCUAAGGACACCAUGCUGCUAAUUGCAGGAAGUGGCUUCGGAAGGGCGGGCUCUUUUCUACCAUCAGGGCUAGAACGCCUGGUGGACUCCAUUGAGCAAUCGUUCAUUUAUCAAGUGCUUGUCUAGCAGGGGCUCCACGCCAAGCACGGACAGGCUGGUCGUUCCAUCGCCUUCCUCGCUGGCAAGUUGGCAAAUGUUAAAUUCUCAGCUGUGUGGGUACUUUUGCAGGCAAGGCCAAUACAUUCUUGUCUUCUGGGUUCUUUGGAGCAGGCAGGCCGCAGUAGCCCCGUUGAGCCCUGGGCAGGGUGGUAGGUCCCGGUGCCCAGCAGUGAGGAGUACCCUCCAGGCCCAGCGCCAUUCCAGCUCCGUUCAUUAGACCCAGGCCUGGCACAGGGUAGGGCGCUUUGUGUGUGCAGGCAGGGUGGGCAACGGGAAACGCAUCCUCCGGUGCUUCCCAGCCGGGACGCAGAUGUUCCAGGAGCUCUCAGCAAUCGCUCAUUUCUUCCCACGUCUCCAAAUCUUCCUAGAAAGGACAGAAAGUAGGCAAUAAAACAACAGCCCUGUACUCCUAGCCAUGGCAAAAAGACAGAGAAACACUCUGAGUGCACACACUGUCCCAAAGCGAUCUUUGAAACAAGGCAGUUCGCCAGUUGCCAAAGUCCAUCCCUCAUGGAGCAGCUGGAUGUUGACGUCCAGGUUCCCAGGCCCACCCUCUGGAUCCACCUUCGCCUCGGCCAGAAAAUGGCUCCCAGUGGGCCACCCAGGUGCAGGACAGACGUUUGUGCCGCCAGCCUGGGAAGCGCAGGAGGCUCCCUGGACACAGGCCGGGUUGUGUGAAGCACUUGCCCUCUGAAGCCGCGGUAGAGUCCCGGGCAGAAGGAAGAACGGUGCACCUGGAGACACAGAUCCAAGUGGGAAAAGUUAGUGGAAGCCCCACAGUCAAAACCCACAACUAAAUCCCGCGUUGCCCAAGCAGUCUGUAUACCGCUCACAACCAGUGGUUCCCUCCGUGCAGUGACGCUGGUGAAACCGACAUACAUUUAAAAUCCUGGCAACUGCUCUAUCAUAGGCUUUUGUUUUUUGGCAACGUUUGAAAAUAUUGCGUGUUAAACCCCUUAUCUUGAUUACUGCAUUUUUUGACGCUCCCGUAUUUGUUUGCUGCGAUGGUAACUCCCUGUGCUGUUCAGGCUGGCACUGAACUUUCCAAUCCUCCUGCCUUAGCCUUCCAAGGAGCUGUGGCUCCAGACAAGGACCAUCGCACCCAUACUUUCCACACUCAAGAAAGCCUUAGCAUCACUACUACAGUAGUGCCGGGCACGCUGCAGGGGGCGUCCCUGUGUCACACGGUCCACACGCGUGGUCUCGUGAACCUCACACAGCAGCCCUGGAGGGAAGCGCUCUCCCUGCUUUGCUGGUGGGGAAACAGGCCCGGAGAGCUGGCCUAAGACACAGUGCUCCUAACUCCGUCCCCACUGCUGCUUGACAGUCGUUAAUCACUACCUGCGCCGCAGUGAAUAAUGCCAAGCACUAAUAGAUCCCGCUGUCACAUUCCUCAACCUGGUUUCCCUUAACUGGGAUUUCAUGGCUCUUGUUAAUGUGCAUUCUUCACUGAGUAAUUUCCGCAGCCCGAACUUGUAACACAUCCCAAUGACAAACGUCCCCAGCUCCGAAUCCCCCAUCAGCUGCAAUGUCACCCUCGCCUCCUCCCUGACUCCUUCCGACAACAGCCCAUCCAGUUUUAUGAUCACUUUGUCCCAGGGAUCACUACUGAACCUUUAAGAAUCCAGGCGCAUUUCAAGUUUAAUUGAAUAAAAUUCCUUGUAUAAUAAAUUCUGCAUGAAUGCUACAUAAA